AUGACCUCCCCUAACGGGCUUCUCUGCUUCACCAACUGCUUGCUGCCCCAUGAAGAUGGCAGCCUUGUCGAGAAGGACCUCUGGAUCGACGAGAAGCGUGGUGUGGUGCUCGAUGCUCAAAAAACAUUCUUCGAGCAGGGCCAAAGGCCUGCACGGGUAAUUGACAUGGGCGGAAACAUAGUCAGCCCCGGCUUUCUGGACAUCCAGAUCAACGGCGCUUACGGAUUCGACUUUUCCGUCUAUGACGGAGACGAUGAGGCUUACCGCAAAGGGCUUGAGCAUGUGGCUGAGAAGAUCGUUGAAACUGGUGUCACCGCCUUGAUACCCACGACUAUUACGCAAGAAAAGUCACUCUACCCGAAGAUCCUAAACCUAUUGCGCCCGUACUCGCAUCCCACAGGCGCGACUUUACUGGGCUGGCAUGCAGAGGGCCCUUUCAUCCAAAUGGCGAAGCGCGGAGCUCAUGCGCCGCCCUUCUUACGGAGUGCUCCGGAGGGUAUCAAGUCCAUUGAAGAAGUCUACGGCGCCAACAAUCUUGCGCAUACGGAAGACUGGAUGGUCGACACUGUAGGAGAUAAGAUUGGUGUUCGCAUCAUCACGGCCGCACCGGAGGUAGACGGUAUCCUUGACUCCGUGAAGGAGCUUACCGACCGCGGUGUGGUGUUUUCUAUUGGGCACAGUAUCGCAACCACCGACAUCGCCACCAAUGCAGUCCGCCGAGGCGCAAGACUGAUCACCCAUCUCUUCAACGCCAUGCCGCAACUGCACCAUCGCGACCCGUCUAUCAUCGGCUUGCUCGGAGCGUCGCCCCACCUUACCUCCCAUUUCAGCCCAAUCGGUAGUUCGGAAAUGCACACGCUCAGCCGAUCCGACUCUCCUACUCCUGCACACACUCCAGCCGUUGGUGAGGCGCUUGUUGAGCAGCACACUCCGCCGCAGUCUCCUAUGCUGGCCGCUCAGCGUCGCGAGGAGAAAGUGCCAAAGCUUCCUGGUGGGGGACUUCAGCGCCGCCAGUCAGAGCCGAGUGCUCCUUUCGUGCGACCAUUCUACGAAAUGAUCGUUGAUGGUAUUCAUCUGCACCCGAACUCUGUCCGCCUCGCAUACAACGUGUAUCCAGAGGGCUGCAUCCUCAUUACUGAUGCGAUGAAGAUCCUUGACCCGAAUCUUAAGGAUGGUGUUCAUGAAUGGCGCGAUGGAAAGCGGUUUGUGAAGGAGGGCGUGAAGUUGUACCUCGAAGGAACCGACACACUCGCCGGCAGUGUCAUCACGCUGGAUAAGUGCGUCCGCAACUUCUCGCGCUUCACGGGUUGCACUCUCGGCGAGGCCAUCAAGUGCGCAACCUACAACCCCGCUAAGGCCCUCGGCAUCGAGAACCGUAAGGGCACACUCCGCCCGGGCGCCGAUGCAGACCUGGUCGUGCUCGAUCGGACUGGGCACGUCGUGAGCACUUGGGUUGCAGGCAAGCAGGUCUGGACCAAGCCUUGA